AUGCAAUCCUUAACUUCACCAUCUCGUACAUUUUAUUCUAGUCCAGAUUUGGCUGCAAGACAUUUAGCAUCAAAUCCUAAAUUAUAUCCAGUUUCACAGCCUUUGACUCAAUUUACUCCAUCUAAUUCAUCACCCAUCAAUCUUUCAAAUCAAUCACAAGAUUUACAAAACGAAUCAAAUCAUCGACCGAGUUCAGAUCAACUUCAAUCAAAACUUCGAAUCAAUCCUACCAGAUCAUCACCUUUAUCUGAUACGAUUAGUUCUUAUCAAGCUUGGAUCUCACCUACUCCAGUGGAAUCUGAGGUAGAUCAAAUCGUACCACCUGGUACAGCUAUCACUACUACCACUAAUUCACCUAGAGCCUCACCUCGGAAUCCAAGAGAAUCAAUGGAACAAAUCUCCAAUCGAGUCAAUGUGAAUCAUGCUUUUCCAUCUGUUUCACCACCUCGUCAUCAACUUAAACCUUCUUUUACUCCUCAUAAAGAGAUGGGUAAACCACCUGCGGUGAUCUUGAGAAGAAGACCUCUUUUCAGUGCACCUUCUCGUCCUGAUUCAGCUAAUCUUGAUUCAUCUCAAACUCGACCGAUCUCAUCUACAGUUGGUUCGUUUGUUUCAAGUUCGUUUGAAACGUUUUUACCCAACUUUCCAGACCCACCUAGAUCUUCCAUGACCAGUCAUCGAAAUGAGAUACCUUCUAGUACUGCUGUACAAAGAACUUCUUUGAUAAGUAUUGCAGGAAAUCCGAAUUCGAGUAACGUUAUUCCAACUGAACCUGUUUUAACUGAACCUGAGGAAUUUGAUUCACCUACUUCAUAUCCAACUGCUUCAUUAUCACCACCUACUUCAUUAGACUUAAAACCAUUACCGAUCAUCCCAUCUAGUAAAUCAUUUAAAGCUCAUUUGAUAUCCGAUUUACCAAAGUUAACAACCGAUCCGAACCCGAUGAUCGUUUCAUUGAAUGUGGGAGGUCAAAUCUUUAUGACUUUAUUGGAGAAUGUGGUUUCGACUCCGAGUUAUUUAAAUGAUUUCUUGAUUCAAAGAUUAGGUUUGAAUUCACCUGAAAUCAAAUCUAGUGAUCAUAGUCAAUGGAGUCUUAAUUCUGAACAUCAUGGUCCUACUACCACUACUAUUACUAGAAAUGAAAAAGUGAAUAAAUUAAAUCAAAUUGAAAUCUUUCUUGAUAGAGAUCCAUGUAAUUAUACUAAGAUUUUGAAUUUUUGGAGGUUUAAAUCGAUUGAAAAGUUACGGUUUAGUGAAGAUGAAUCGGAUUUGAUUGAAGAAGCUAAUUGGAUUGGAUUAGUUGAAUUGGUUUCAUUGAUGAAAUCUAAUAAAUUAGAAGAAUGA